CUUUUUUCCCAUAAGUCCCCCAUCUCUCUCCACAUACACUCUUCCUCCAGUUACUUCUUUUCUUUUCUUCUCUAUCCUACACUUCUCUUUCUCCAAAAUCAGUCAAAAUGAUCAUUUACAAGGACAUCAUCACCGGUGACGAGAUCAUCUCCGACUCGUACAACUUGAAGUUGGUUGACAACAUCGCCUACGAGGCCGACUGCACGAGGAUCACUGUUGGAGGCGACAACAUCGAUAUCGGAGCCAACCCCUCCGCCGAGGACGCCGACGAGGGCACUGAUGAUGCCGCCCAGACCGUCAUCGACGUUGUCCACUCUUUCCGUUUGAACGAGACUUCUUUCGACAAGAAGUCGUACCUUUCCCACCUUAAGACCUACAUGAAGAAGGUCAAGGAGGGUCUCGCCGAGAAGGGCGCCAGCGAGGACGAGAUCAAGGAGUUCGAGAAGGGUGCUCAGGGCUUCGCCAAGAAGAUCGUCACAAACUUCAAGGACUACGAGUUCCUGAUCGGCGAGUCCAUGGACCCCGAUGGCAUGGUCAUCCUCCUCAACUACCGCGAGGACGGCGUUACCCCCUUCGUUACCGUCUGGAAGCACGGUCUCUCUGAGAUGAAGGUCUAAACCAGCCGAGGAAAGUGUGGGAUUUGUCAGAAGGGGAUUGAAUUUACGAC